AUGGCAUCAGCAACAAUUGAAUCACAGCAACAAAACUUAUCAGCAUUACAAAGAUUAGAUAAUAAAGUAUUAGGCAUUUUAGGAACAUCAACACAUGCAACUGCAUACAGAUUUGAUGAAACAUUAAAACAAUGGUCUAGAAAAGAUAUCGAAGGAUCAUUAUUUGUUGUAAAUAGAUCAGAAUUCCCAUAUUGUAAACUAAUUAUUAUGAAUAGGUUAUCAACAAAGAAUUUAUGUGAUGAAAUUUACGAAAAAAUGGUAAUUAAAUGCCAAGAUACCUAUUUAAUUUAUAGAAAUAAAAAUGAAGAAAUUUGCGGAAUUUGGUUUUAUGAACCAUCAGAUCAAGAAAAAAUAUUUAAUCUCUUAAAAGAAGUUCAAAAAAAUCCACCAUUACCACCACAACAACCACCACAACCACCACAACAACCACAACAGUCAUUACCACCACAUCAACAACAGCAAUCAAUGAUCCCACCUCCAGGUUUUAUGAUGCACCAACAUCCACAAUAUAUGUCACCACAUCCACCACAUACCUAUCAACCACCAUACAAUAUGCAAAUGGCUGCUCAUCCAUCUCAAAAUUUUAGUAAUAGUAAUCCAUCAACCCCAAAUAAAGAAAACAAUAUUCAACCAUCACCACCACAACAAAUUAAUAAAAACAAUAUAGAAAUGGAAGAAAAUAUAAUUACUCCAAAUACACUUAUGCAACAAACAAACUCGACCAAAACCUCACAACCAGUAUCGCCAUCAAACGGUAAAAAAGAAGUCCCAUUAUUAUCAGUUUUAAUGAAUUCUGUAGUCAUAAAAGAAAAUACUGUAACAAAAGAUCAAAUUAGAGAAACAUUAAAAAGAUUAGCAAACGAUGACAAUUUUAUUGAUUUAGUUUAUAAUGCUUAUAUAAAUGAAUAA